CUCAGAUUCAGACAAAAAAAAGAAAAAACAGUAGCUAGACUCUACACUGUAUAUAGCAACAGUUUCCUCCUCCUCCUUUGAAAACAUUUCCUCCAAUAAAAUACACAGAAUGGACAGUGACGUGUCCUCCAUCUUUCUUCUGCUCGCAUAGCAACAAAACCCACCUUCACUUCUCUCUCUAACUCUCUCUCUCUAAAACUCAGAGCUUCAAAAUAAAGCUGCUCUCUUUUUCUUUAGGGUUUCUUCUAAACCCAUCUAAAACCUCCUCAAAUCUUCCAAAUUUUGCUUCUCAUUCUUCACAUUUCACCCCCGUAUUUAUAAUUUUUCUCAAAUUUGACCCUAUUCUUAUUUAUUCAGACUCUCUUCUUACUCAUUCAUGGCUAAGACCAAACCUGGAAAAAAAGACCUUGAUUCUUACAAUAUCAAAGGCACCAACAAAGUUGUUCGACCUGGUGAUUGUGUUUUGAUGCGGCCAUCAGACUCUGAUAAGCCUCCUUAUGUGGCUCGUGUUGAGAAACUUGAAGCUGAUCAUAGGAAUAACAUUAAAGUUCGUGUCAGGUGGUAUUACAGACCUGAGGAAUCUAUCGGUGGCCGCCGCCAGUUCCAUGGGGCGAAAGAGCUUUUUUUAUCGGACCAUUAUGAUGUGCAAAGUGCUCACACUAUUGAAGGGAAGUGCAUUGUGCACUCCUUUAAGAACUAUACUAAGCUUGAAAAUGUUGGAGCUGAGGAUUACUUUUGUAGGUUUGAGUAUAAAGCUUCCACUGGCGGCUUUACGCCUGAUCGUGUAGCUGUGUACUGCAAAUGUGAAAUGCCAUACAAUCCGGAUGAUCUAAUGGUGCAGUGCGAGGGAUGCAAAGAUUGGUUUCAUCCUUCUUGUAUGGGAAUGACAAUUGAAGAAGCCAAAAAGUUGGAACACUUUCUUUGUUCGGACUGCUCCUCUGAUGAUGAUGCAAAAAGAUCUUUAAAUGCAUUCCCAGUAUCACCGUCUAUUGAGGCCAAGUAUGAGGAACAUUGGACAAGUUAUUGAUUUGGAUGCGUGAUGAUUGAUGCCAUACUCUUUUUCUCUCUGCCAAUUCAAGUUGUAGUGUUUCUCGAGCAUUCUUUUAAUCAGUCAUUUGAAUCAAGCAUCAUUCUCGUUAAUAGGAUUGUAACCUCGUGGAGUCGAAGAGAAGGAAGAGGUAAUAUAUGACUUAGUCUUGUAAUUGUUGGGAAGGUACUUUUCUUGCACAUUAGCUCCAGUAUGUUGUUGAAUUGUACAGUGCUGAGAAGAUGCUGUGUUUGCACAAACCAGAGGCUUUCUAUUAUUCAUCAUUUUCGUAGUGUUUGUAUGUGUUAAUGGACUUUUAGGUGAUCAACUUUGUGCCUGUCGAUGUCAUCUUGGGUACUGUUCUCCUUUGAUAACAAAUCAAACUGAACACAUUGGAAAACCAUGGGAUUUUCUUUGUUAA